CGGGGGCAAGUAGAGUUGACCUUUCAGGCGGCCACACCUACUCUUUAAAGCCCGCUGCGUACACCCCUUGUCCCUUCUCUCACUCCUCAUAGAGUCAUAGCUCGGCGAGAGUAAUUCUCUUGAGGACAAAACACAGCCAAACAGAAGGGCGCCAUCCGGGCUCAGGACAAAUAAAGGGGUACCCUCCGGCCUCUAUAUUCUCGCCCAAACAGAAACACACGCCCUGACGUUAUUCACUGCCCAAAACGCUCAGAAAACAGAGUUUUGAGUAAGGAGCUCAGUCUCUCUUCCAGUAUUCUGCUUCACCAGACAGCGGGCCGGAAUGGCUCUACUGGAUCCGCUGAGAUGGUCUGAGUAAAAAAAGCCGAUGACAACAGAAGGAUUAGAUGAAUCGGGUCAAAUCGAGUAGGCUGAUCAGGUGAACUUCUUUGGCAGCCAGCAUGUAUCUUCUGAGAAGGCACCCUCAGAAUCCUCAAGAGAAUGACUCUUCACAGAAAGAUGCAAAGGUCAAUGAACUCAGGGCUGCUCUUGGACCUCUAUCUGGACGUAGUUUAAAGUUCUGCACUGAUGCAUGCCUGAGGAGAUAUUUAGAGGCUCGGAACUGGAAUGUUGAUAAGGCAAAGAAAAUGUUGGAAGAGACAUUCAAGUGGAGGUCCGCUUAUAAGCCUGAAGAAAUUCGUUGGCAUGAAAUAGCUCACGAAGGUGAGACCGGCAAAGUGUCCAGAGCAGAUUUUCAUGAUCGACUUGGAAGGACUGUGCUUAUAAUGAGGCCAGGGAUGCAGAACACCACAUCAGGAGAGGAUAAUGUUCGCCAUUUAGUCUAUCUUUUAGAAAAUGCUGUCCUUAACCUUCCUGAAGGUCAAGAACAAAUGUCGUGGCUGAUAGAUUUCACCGGAUUUUCAUUGAACACCAGCAUCUCCGUUAAAACAGCCCGUGAUAUUAUUCACAUCUUACAAAAUCACUACCCCGAGAGGCUUGCUGUUGCAUUUCUGUAUAGUCCACCAAGGAUUUUUCAGGCAUUCUGGAAGGCUGUCAAGUACUUCCUGGAUCCAAAGACAUUUCAGAAGGUGAAGUUUGUAUACCCCAAAAGUAGAGAUAGCGUGGAGCUCAUGAAGACAUUCUUUGAUGUAGAAAACCUUCCAAGCGAGUUUGGGGGACAAGCCACCCUAAAAUACGACCAUGAGGAGUUCUCACGAUUGAUGGCCCAGGAUGACGUGAAAACUGCCAAGUUCUGGGGAUUUGAUGAGAAGAAUUCUUCCACAUUAUGAAACGCCAUUCAGGAGAAGAUGACCCAUUGCACCCGCCAGCUAGCUGAGUGAGCAUUAUCUAGCAACUCAGAAUAGUAAGUUCGAAUGCAAGAUAUGUGACUGAGUCGAUAGAUGCAAAAUUUCGUAUCAAACGUACUGAUGGGAACAGGAAAUGAUGAUCUUGUUCAGUUCCUUGUUCUGGGGUUAAUAAACAUGCAUUUCUUGUGCUUUUUUCUUUCUAUGAGUGAAAACUGUCAUUUACUCUUUAAAUAUCCUCGUCUUCCUAAUGUUCCCCUAUUUACACUAUAAGCAAACUGUAAUUUUUAUUCAAUUUUUGUAUAAAAAAUUUUAAAUUACUAUUAUCUUUAUGAAA